GACUUUCGUAACUUGAGUUUCCAAAUGAAAUGUCUUUAGAUAAAUUGAAGAGGAUGCUGCGUAUUAAGCUUAACUAAAUAAAUGAACUUUAAUGUAUAAUCUAUUGCUUUUACAAUAAGGUUUUUUCUUUUUUCUUAUUGGGAAUAAUUUGGUUUGUUAUAUGUAAGUGGUUGGCUUAUGAGUUUCUUUGGCUCUUCUGGUGCUCCAAAGUGUCCACAAUUUUACACUACUCUCAAGACUGAGUUUUCUUGGGGAGCUUUAGCUGUUUUGAAUCUACAAAAAUGAAUCCCACCUUGAAAAAACCGAGGGAAUCUGUAGAUUUAUCCGAGUUAACUCAGUCAACAUUCCCAGAUGAAGUGUUGGAGAAGGUGUUGUCUCUUGUGCAGUCCCAUAAAGAUAGAAACUCAGCUUCAUUGGUCUGCAAGGAUUGGUACAAUGCAGAGAGAUGGACAAGGACUAAGCUGUUUAUUGGCAACUGUUAUUCAGUUUCUCCUGAGAUUGUAGCAAGGAGAUUUCCCAAGAUUAAGAGUGUGACCCUUAAAGGGAAACCAAGAUUUUCUGACUUUAAUUUGGUUCCAGAGAAUUGGGGUGCUGAUAUUCAGGCUUGGCUUGAUGUUUUUGCUAAAGUUUACCCUUUUCUUGAGGAGUUGAGGUUGAAGAGAAUGGCUGUUAGUGAUGAAAGUUUGGAGUUUUUGGCAAAAUCAUUUCAUGGAUUUAAGGUUCUUUCAUUGUUGAGUUGUGAUGGUUUUAGCACUGAUGGGAUCAGUAGCAUUGCUGCUCACUGCAAGAGCUUGACAGAGCUGGACAUUCAGGAAAAUGGCAUGGAUGAUAUAUCUGGUAGUUGGCUAAGUUGUUUUCCAGAUGACUUUGCAUCACUGGAGGUGCUAAACUUUGCCAGUCUAAACAGUGAGAUCAGUAUCGAUGCUUUAGAGAGACUUGUCAGUAGGUGCAAAUCACUGAGGGUUCUGAAGGUGAACAAGAACGUCACCUUGUCUCAACUGCAACGCCUGCUCGUCCGGGCUCCUCAGCUGAUCGAGCUGGGUACAGGAUGCUUUCUUCCAGAUCUGACGAGUCGGCAGUAUGCAGAACUUGAAAGUGCAUUCAGCAACUGCAAAAAUCUGCACACUAUUUCAGGUUUAUGGGAAGCGACUUAUCGAUAUUUACCGGUUCUUUAUGCAGCCUGUGCUAGUCUGACUUUCCUCAACUUGAGCUAUGCAACCAUUAGGAGUGGUGAAUUUUUGAAGCUUCUCGCUCAUUGCCCAAGUUUAAGGCGCCUUUGGGUCUUUGACACCGUCAAAGAUGAGGGAUUAGAGGCUGUUGGAACCAGCUGCCCCUUGCUUGAAGAACUGCGAGUCUUUCCUGCUGACCCUUUUGAAGAGGAUAUAGUCCAUGGAGUGACGGAGUCGGGUUUUGUGGCUGUAUCUGCCGGUUGUCCUAAGCUUCAAUAUGUUCUCUAUUUCUGCCGACAAAUGACUAAUGCUGCUGUUGCAACGAUAGUGCGUAACUGUCCUGAUUUCACCCAUUUUCGUCUCUGCAUAAUGAAUCCUGGCCAGCCAGAUUACAUGACAAAUGAACCCAUGGAUGAGGCAUUUGGUGCAGUGGUCAAGACUUGUAAAAAGCUCCAGAGGCUUUCUGUUUCUGGACUGUUAACUGACCUGACUUUUGAGUAUAUUGGUAGGUAUGCCAAAAACCUUGAGACACUUUCAGUGGCUUUUGCUGGCCGCAGUGACUGGGGUAUGCAGUGCGUGCUUGAAGGCUGUUCUAAACUGAGGAAGCUGGAGAUAAGGGAUUGUCCAUUUGGUAAUGCAGCACUUCUAUCUGGACUGGAGAAGUAUGAAUCAAUGCGGUGUCUUUGGAUGUCAGCUUGCAGUGUCACCAUGAAUGGUUGUAGACUACUUGCACAGGAGAGACCUAGGUUGAAUGUUGAGGUAAUCAAAGAUGAGAACAGCGAUGAUUCUGCUGAUAAAUUAUAUGUCUAUCGCUCUGUAGCAGGGCCUCGAAGGGAUGCCCCACCUUUUGUUGUAACUCUCUAGUACAAAGAAACAGGAAUUUUGGUGUGCACUGGGAUACUCUUUCUAUUUCAGCUGGGUUUAUCUGCUACAUGAUGUUCGUAAAGGUGGGACGAGAGAAAGUAAUUGGAUAAUCGACUUAAUUAAUACCUCUCCUUACGCUGCAUUUUCUAUGUUUUACUUGGAGAAGUUUGAGAUUUUCAAGGAAGAUCAACAGAAGGGAUGUUUGUGCUCUUGCUGAACUAAUGCAUUAUGAGAAAGAAACCAUGCAAAAAUUCUGUUACAGUUAGUGAGACCUUUGUGGCCAUUGCAAAUAAUCAUCACUCUAUCGGCAUUACCAGCUGCCACCAAUGACAAUACAUGGAGAUGCAGGGAGGGGAAAACUUGAACGAAUGAUCACAUGACGGAGUUGAGAAGCUGAAUCUGUCACAGGAAACUAUCUGCAGAACGUGACAUCAGAAAAUCUGAAGUGUUUCAAAGUCGAAGCAAGAGAAUAUCUGAACACUGGUUUGUUGACUCGCGGAGUUUUCUUUUUUCUUUUUUAAACAAUAAGCAGCAAAAACAUAGAAAAGGAAAACUGAAAUGAGUCGCAGGUAUUAUCAUGUAACUUGAAUGAUGAUGGUGAUUAGGUCUCACAGACUUUUUGGCCAAACUCAAAAUGCAAAAGAAAAGAAACCAUGAUAUUCUUUUUUCUA